AUGUGUAUUGAAAAAAAUCACUUUUAUAUUCAUUCAUAUAUGAAUUUAGCAAAAAAUAUUAUUAUAAGGAAUAGAAGAUUUAUUUUUUUGGAUUUUUAUAAAUUUUAUUCAAAUUCUAAGGGAGAUUCCAUACAUAAAAUUCCAGAUUCUCAAAACCAUUCUGGAUUAAUAGAGUACAAAUUUAAUUGGGGGAUCGGCAACACAUACACUGAACAUAGUAAAACUCGAGUUGGACGAAAGUUUGUCAAAAACCCCAAAGUUGUUACCAUUUCUUCCGACUAUUUCAAUAUUGAAGAGGAAUUUGAAAGGUGUAAAGUUGUUUUCGACGAAGUUAACGAGCAGUGGGAAGUUCUGUGGAUAGAAUUCAACAAACUAAACGGGAAACCAUUUCCAAUAAGUAAAUACGGGAUUCAAACGUCAAAAUUAAAAUCCAUCGAAUUUGCAAACUUUAUAAACGAUAAAUUAAAAAACACUAAUUCUGUACACACCAGUGAUACCAAUAAGGCUUAUAAUUCUAAAGAAAUUGAAAGUUCAAACUCAGUAAACGGUGAACACACAUCAUCUGAUCGCACCUGUGUUCCUGAGGACUCAAAGGAUUCAAAUAAAGAAAAUAAUAUAAUAUUUGAUAAUGUAUUGCAGUGUUGGGUAGGACUUGGUAGAAGAGGAAGUAGACCUAUAUGUAGAGCCUUUUCUGCAGACUACCACGGAUACGAAAAAUCUAAAGAAUUGUCCAAAAAUAAAGUUUAG